AGAUUGCGGGGCAACUAUUCUGAAAAACCGUGUUAAGUGGGUGGAACGGAUGACUUGUUGGGUGGAUACUUUACUAAAUUCACACCGUCAUAUCUCUCGUCUGCAGGAACAUUAAGAUGGCAGCAGUGAAAGUAGGACGGCAACUCCUUCAGCUCUCCAAUGUCAACAAUGUAUUUCGAAGAUGCUUCAAUGUCACAGCGGCCAAACCUUCACAAAUGGCUGUCAGAGAUGCACUAAACAUAGCCAUUGAUGAAGAAAUUAGUCGAGAUGAUAAAGUCUUCUUGAUGGGAGAAGAGGUUGCUAUGUAUGAUGGAGCAUAUAAAGUCACUCGAGGGCUGUGGAAGAAAUAUGGUGACGCCAGAGUGAAGGACACACCUAUUACUGAGCUUGGUUUCUGUGGAAUUGCAGUUGGAGCAGCUAUGGCAGGACUUAAACCCAUCUGUGAAUUUAUGACCUUCAAUUUCUCUAUGCAAGCUAUUGACCAGAUCAUCAACUCAGCAGCUAAAACCUUUUACAUGUCAGCUGGCUCUGUAAGUGUCCCCAUUGUUUUCCGGGGUCCAAAUGGUGCUGCAUCUGGUGUGGGUGCCCAGCAUUCUCAGUGUUUUGCUUCCUGGUACAGCCAGUGCCCAGGCCUCAAAGUUGUCAGCCCAUAUUCCUCAGAAGAUGCUAAAGGUCUACUAAAGUCAGCUAUAAGAGAUCCAAAUCCUGUUGUCUGUUUAGAAAAUGAAUUGAUGUAUGGUACACCAUUUGAGAUGUCCGAAGAAUCCUUGUCACCUGAUUUCCUCAUCCCUAUUGGUAAAGCUAAGAUAGAACGUGCAGGUAACCAUGUGACAUUAGUGUCCUUCUCCAAGACAGUCGGCACAUGUUUAGAAGCUGCUAAGGAACUGGAAAACUUAGGUGUUGAGUGUGAGGUGAUCAACUUACGUACAUUACGUCCUCUAGAUGAGGAGACUAUUGUGAACUCUGUAAUGAAAACAAAUCAUUUGGUGACAGUUGAAGGAGGUUGGCCCCAAUGUGGUAUUGGUGCUGAGAUUUGUGCAAGGAUCAUUGAAAGUCCUGCUUUUAACUACCUAGAUUCUCCAGUGCUCCGUGUCACAGGUGCUGAUGUCCCAAUGCCCUAUGCCAAGGUGCUGGAAGAGGGAGCUUUGCCACAGCCAUUUAAUAUUAUCAAAUCUGUGAAGAAAUGUCUGAAUAUAGCAUAAAGCAAUAACCAUACAGGACAUUAUCACUCGUUACAUCUCUCAAUAGCCGAUAACAACUUCGACCAUUGACCAAGCUGUAUUACAAUCUGGCGGAAAGGACAAGUUCUACAUUAACUACUCUUCUCUCAACAAAUCAUCUAGGACAAUUUUUUUUUUUAAUAAACAAUCUGUAGAGCUUAAUUUUUAAUUGAUUCUUCCGUCUUCAAAUAUAUUUGAUUACAAUCAGGAUUACAAUUUUUAUACAACUUGUCUAAGGUAACUCCUCUUCAUAGUUUCCUUAACUUUUGCCAGUGUUGGGACAUGGACUUCUGAUAGCUAUCAGAAGUUCUACUACAUUAUUUAUCAAAUACGAAAUCGUCCUUUGUUCUUCUAGAUAUUUCUAGCAAACAUCUCAAAAAAAAAACAAUUCUCUUUUUUGUUGAUUUAAAAAAAAUAAAAAUCAAUUAAAAAAAUUA